AUGAACAUGUAUGGAGGAGGAGGAGGAGGGCAGAACAAUGGAAGUAUCAAUGGCGGUGUUGUUGGUGGUGGCGGUGGAGCUAACGGGCCUGGUCCUUGUGGAGCUUGCAAGUUUCUGAGGAGGAAAUGCGUAAAGGGUUGCAUUUUUGCACCGUACUUCGACCCGGAACAAGGAACAACUCACUUUGCAGCGGUUCACAAAGUGUUUGGAGCUAGCAAUGCUUCUAAGAUGUUGCUCAGGGUUCCGGCUCAUAAGCGUCUUGAUACCGUUGUUACCCUCUGUUAUGAAGCUUUGGCUCGGAUUCGAGAUCCUGUUUAUGGCUGUGUUGGUCACUUAUUCACUCUUCAGCAGCAGGUUGUGAAUCUGCAAGCAGAGUUGGCUUGUGCUCAGGCCCGGCUUACCACAUUGCAGCGGCUACCACCACCGUCGUCCGCCACACCAAAUCUCCCGCCUUGCAACUCCAACAACGUGUCACUUCGUCAUCACUUUGAUCAGCAUCCAUUGGCAUCUGAUCAGCAAACUUCCAUUGAAAUCGGUAGCUUUUCGAGUUCAGUAAAUGACCAGGAGCUGGAUGAUAACGGGGACGAUGAUCUUCAAGCAUUGACUCAAGGUUUUGUUUCCAGAUACUUGCCUGUUGGGGUGAAGUUCAAACCUCCUAGUUCUCCAUGA